GGGCAUUCCUGGAAAGAAGUGUGGAAACAUCAUUGUUAAGGUAGAAGAGAUGGGAAACUGCAGGGUGAGUAUUGAUGACAGGGGAUAUGGAGGGAAAGGGAGUCUUGGGCUGCAUCCCAUCCCAAAAAAGCUGUCUGCCCUUGUUAACUCCCCAAACAAUACAUCAUACCCACAUAAGUACAACAUCAAUCAAUAAACACUUUGCCAUGGCAUAUACAUUAAAUUAUAUUGUUAUGGAUCUACUAUCAUAGGAUAUAUCUCUCACCUUGAUGCUGAGUGGAGUUGCCCUGAGCUGUGUCCUGUAAUGUUACUGUUGACUGAUCAGCAUUAAUGUCUGCAUCUACUAUCAGAUGUCUCUCACCAGUAUCUGCUGUGAAUACUGAGCUGUGAGCUGUGCUGUCAAUUUCAUCAGUCUCAAUGUCUCUCUCUGUUACUGUAGGAGUCAGUGAUGAUGCAGUUCUGUGGGAAUAAACUGGACAAGAAAGAUUUCUUCGGCAAGUCAGACCCUUUCCUCGUCUUCUACCGCAGCAAUGAAGAUGGAACGUGAGUAUACUUUACCUACCUCUUCUUCAGAUCCUCUCCUCCAUUCAAUUCCAUCCAUCAGUCUCUCAGUCUGAGGGAAAUGAGUUUCCAUUGAAUUCCUUUAGGUAAACAACCAAGCCUCUCUCUGUGGGUUUGCGUGUGUGUGUGUGUGUGUGUGUGUUACAGCCUACAGGUUCUUCUCUCGCAUCAACACAUAUCUGGGAGGUCAGAUAAGCAGGUCUACUCCUCUGAGGCGAGGCUUUAUUACACACACACACCUAUCUUACAGCCGGCAGAGCAGAGAGGAGAUGACCUAGCGGGAGCAGUGGUUGGAGGGAAAGCUCCCUAUUGCCUCCCUGGCUUCUCUGUACAGGGGUCAAACCUCUCUCUCUCUUACUAUUCCACACUGCACUAUAUUCACAUUAAAACCAUUUACUUUUGCAGUGAAUUAUGAUUAUACUGAGUAUUCCUCAGUUGAUAGUAAAUGGUAGUCGAACUGAAACACAUAUUUUUUGUGCCGGUCAUCAUGAUGACAUUUGAAACAUUUUUUAUUGCUCGAUAUUUUGGCAAAGUACGGAAAAGAGGAAUCAAUGUCUUAGAGAUGUGUAUCUCAAUGAGUGUGAUUUAUCUUCUUGGGGGGAAGAAAGAUCUGAGGGAGCUGAGAAUCAAAGAGAAAAGUUUACGCUUGAGAAGAAUCUUGAGAAAAGCAAAGGAAGAUAGUCUGUCUCGCUAACUAUAACUUUGCACAGACACUCUGAGGGAAUGAGAGCGAGGGAGAGAAAGAGAGGAAGAGGUGGAAAGAAGAGAGGGGAUAAAGAGGAAAAGGAAUAUUGUCCAGUGAUUGAUUGAUCCAUUGAUCAGUGUAUGACUUGUCUUGUCGCCGUGUUUCACCAGGUUCACAAUCUGCCAUAAAACAGAGGUGGUGAAGAACACACUAAACCCAGUGUGGCAGGCCUUCAAGAUACCUGUCAGAGCACUCUGCAAUGGAGACUACGACAGGUCUGUGUGUGUCUGUGUGUGUGUGUAGUAUGGCCAGCAAGAUUAAACUGGCAUUAACUGUUUUGUUGAAGUGUGUGAGGGCCAUACUUUUUUUAAACAAUUUGAGUGCUUUGCAAAAAUGAUUUGGUGACAGGAUCUAAUCUGGAAGAGGAGAAAAUAGUUUUUAGAUUGUCUCCAUUUAAUAAGAAUCACCAUGCAUGCAUACUAAAUGCAUAUGGAAGCUAUUAUAAUGAACUCUAAAGGAGAAAUUAAUGCUUGGUCUGCUUAUGAAUAGCCUUCCUUUCUGCAAUCAUCUUUCUCCCUCAGUGGAGUAGUCUUUCACAUGCCUGACUGACAGACAGGUGUCAUGCCAUCACUCAAAUGCAUUGGCCCUUAAAUCCAGGGUGUAGGAAGCGCUGCAAUAGUUUUUCACCACCAAGUUUGAAAUCCCCAGGGUUUGUGCGUGUGUGUGAGUGCGUGUAUGUGCACGUGCAUGUGCGUGUGUGUGCGUGGUGUGUGUGUGUGUGUGUGUGUUUGUGUGUGUGUGUGUGUAAUAUACAGUGGGGAAAAAAAGUAUUUAGUCAGCCACCAAUUGUGCAUUUUCUCCCACUUAAAAAGAUGAGAGAGGCCUGUAAUUUUCAUCAUAGGUACACGUCAACUAUGAUAAACAAAUUGAGAAUUUUUUUCCAGAAAAUCACAUUGUAGGAUUUUUUAUGAAUUUAUUUGCAAAUUAUGGUAGAAAAUAAGUAUUUGGUCACCUACAAACAAGCAAGAUUUCUGACUCUCACAGACCUGUAACUUCUUCUUUAAGAGGCUCCUCUGUCCUCCACUCGUUACCUGUAUUAAUGGCACCUGUUUAAACUUGUUAUCAGUAUAAAAGACACCUGUCCACAACCUCAAACAGUCACACUCCAAACUCCACUAUGGCCAAGACCAAAGAGCUGUCAAAGGACACCAGAAACAAAAUUGUAGAUCUGCACCAGGCUGGGAAGACUGAAUCUGCAAUAGGUAAGCAGCUUGGCUUGAAGAAAUCAACUGUGGGAGCAAUUAUUAGGAAAUGGAAGACAUACAAGACCACAGAUAAUCUCCCUCGAUCUGGGGCUCCACGCAAGAUCUCACCCCGUGGGGUCAAAAUGAUCACAAGAACGGUGAGCAAAAAUCCCAGAACCACACGGGGGGACCUAGUGAAUGACCUGCAGAGAGCUGGGACCAAAGUAACAAAGCCUACCAUCAGUAACACACUACGCCGCCAGGGACUCAAAUCCUGCAGUGCCAGUCGUGUCCCCCUGCUUAAGCCAGUACAUGUCCAGGCCCGUCUGAAGUUUGCUAGAGUGCAUUUGGAUGAUCCAGAAGAGGAUUGGGAGAAUGUCAUAUGGUCAGAUGAAACCAAAAUAUAACUUUUUGGUAAAAACUCAACUCGUCGUGUUUGGAGGACAAAGAAUGCUGAGUUGCAUCCAAAGAACACCAUACCUACUGUGAAGCAUGGGGGUGGAAACAUCAUGCUUUGGGGCUGUUUUUCUGCAAAGGGACCAGGACGACUGAUCCGUGUAAAGGAAAGAAUGAAUGGGGCCAUGUAUCGUGAGAUUUUGAGUGAAAACCUCCUUCCAUCAGCAAGGGCAUUGAAGAUGAAACGUGGCUGGGUCUUUCAGCAUGACAAUGAUCCCAAACACACCGCCCGGGCAACGAAGGAGUGGCUUUGUAAGAAGCAUUUCAAGGUCCUGGAGUGGCCUAGCCAGUCUCCAGAUCUCAACCCCAUAGAAAAUCUUUGGAGAGAGUUGAAAGUCUGUGUUGCCCAGCAACAGCCCCAAAACAUCACUGCUCUAGAGGAGAUCUGCAUGGAGGAAUGGGCCAAAAUACCAGCAACAGUGUGUGAAAACCUUGUGAAGACUUACAGAAAACGUUUGACCUGUGUCAUUGCCAACAAAGGGUAUAUAACAAAGUAUUGAGAAACUUUUGUUAUUGACCAAAUACUUAUUUUCCACCAUAAUUUGCAAAUAAAUUCAUUAAAAAUCCUACAAUGUGAUUUUCUGGAUUUUUUUUCUCUCAUUUUGUCUGUCAUAGUUGACGUGUACCUAUGAUUAAAAUUACAGGCCUCUCUCAUCUUUUUAAGUGGGAGAACUUGCACAAUUGGUGGCUGACUAAAUACUUUUUUCCCCCACUGUAUAGGACAAUGUGUGUGUGUCACUCUGCAAUCCCAUCUCAGGGAUUGUGUUUAUAGUCAUCUCCAGUUGUCAGUGGGCUUGUUUGCCAGUGAUAAGGCACAAAGCCCCAGAUGGAUGGUCUGAGCUUGUCAGGCUGCAUUGAUUGGAGCAGAGCUGGGCCCUGGCUCUGUCUGAGUUGUUAGGAGGUUAGUUAGAGAGAGCUUAUUGUUAUCAGUGUGUGGAGAGUGUGGGGAGCCAAGGAAGCACACGAAUGAACGCUUGCACACACACACAUAAAUACAUUGAUUUACGCACACACACACAGCCAGAGUGUGAAUCUCUGGGGGUCUGGGAUGAGAGAUAAGGGAGAGGCAGGACGAGAGCCACGGGAGAACGCUAACAAUGGAGAGCUGUGUGUCCCCCUGGGGUUUCUGGUAGAUUACUGUAGGGCUGGAUGGCUUUAUCUCCCCAGCCUUUUAUCUAGUCAGCUUAGAUGGAUGGUGAUGGGCUCAUCCUUCACUCCAUUUAGUAGGAGGCUGAGCAGUGUGUUUGUGUGUGUGCGUGUAUGUGUGCAUACUUGUGUGUGUGUGUGUGUGUGUUUCUGUGUGUCUGUGUCUGUCUUUGUGCUCUGACAAUGCCGGAGUGUGCCUCCUCUUAUCAUCAUACCCCUUACGAACCCCUACAGGAAACUCAUUAACCUGUGAUUUCUCACCCGGUGGUAAUCUAUAACUUAUGAUUACCUUUUCAUCUAAGCAUCUGUUAAUUAUUUUCUUCUUUAUUUUUUUCUCGUCUGAAAAGAGAGGUGAAAUUGAGGCAGGUGAAAUUGGUGCUGGGUGAAAUAUGCACAGCCACAGUCAGCUACUUAUCUCUUGGCUCUGGUGAAGGAAAAUGGCCACUUGUCAGUGGAAAAACGAUUCUUCAGUUUGAGGGGAUGGGUGAUGGUGGAAGAGCACUGCUUUUCUCUCUCUAACAUUCGCUAUUUUGGAAACCAAUAUAGACAUGAUAUACAGUGGGGGAAAAAAGUAUUUAGUCAGCCACCAAUUGUGCAAGUUCUCCCACUUAAAAAGAUGAGAGAGGCCUGUAAUUUUCAUCAUAGGUACACGUCAACUAUGACAGACAAAUUGAGGAAAAAAAAUCCAGGAAAUCACAUUGUAGGAUUUUUUAUGAAUUUAUUUGCAAAUUAUGGUGGAAAAUAAGUAUUUGGUCACCUACAAACAAGCAAGAUUUCUGGCUCUCACAGACCUGUAACUUCUUCUUUAAGAGGCUCCUCUGUCCUCCACUCGUUACCUGUAUUAAUGGCACCUGUUUGAACUUGUUAUCAGUAUAAAAGACACCUGUCCACAACCUCAAACAGUCACACUCCAAACUCCACUAUGGCCAAGACCAAAGAGCUGUCAAAGGACACCAGAAACAAAAUUGUAGACCUGCACCAGGCUGGGAAGACUGAAUCUGCAAUAGGUAAGCAGCUUGGUUUGAAGAAAUCAACUGUGGGAGCAAUUAUUAGGAAAUGGAAGACAUACAAGACCACUGAUAAUCUCCCUCGAUCUGGGGCUCCACGCAAGAUCUCACCCUGUGGGGUCAAAAUGAUCACAUGAACGGUGAGCAAAAAUCCCAGAACCACACGGGGGGACCUAGUGAAUGACCUGCAGAGAGCUGGGACCAAAGUAACAAAGCCUACCAUCAGUAACACACUACGCCGCCAGGGACUCAAAUCCUGCAGUGCCAGACGUGUCCCCCUGCCUAAGCCAGUACAUGUCCAGGCCCGUCUGAAGUUUGCUAGAGUGCAUUUGGAUCCAGAAGAGGAUUGGGAGAAUGUCAUAUGGUCAGAUGAAACCAAAAUAGAACUUUUUGGUAAAAACUCAACUCGUCGUGUUUGGAGGACAAAGAAUGCUGAGUUGCAUCCAAAGAACACCAUACCUACUGUGAAGCAUGGGGGUGGAAACAUCAUGCUUUGGGGCUGUUUUUCUGCAAAGGGACCAGGACGACUGAUCCGUGUAAAGGAAAGAAUGAAUGGGGCCAUGUAUCGUGAGAUUUUGAGUGAAAACCUCCUUCCAUCAGCAAGGGCAUUGAAGAUGAAACGUGGCUGGGUCUUUCAGCAUGACAAUGAUCCCAAACACACCGCCCGGGCAACGAAGGAGUGGCUUCGUAAGAAGCAUUUCAAGGUCCUAGAGUGGCCUAGCCAGUCUCCAGAUUUCAACCCCAUAGAAAAUCUUUGGAGGGAGUUGAAAGUCCGUGUUGCCCAGCGACAGCCCCAAAACAUCACUGCUCUAGAGGAGAUCUGCAUGGAGGAAUGGGCCAAAAUACCAGCAACCGUGUGUGAAAACCUUGUGAAGACUUACAGAAAACGUUUGACCUGUGUCAUUGCCAACAAAGGGUAUAUAACAAAGUAUUGAGAAACUUUUGUUAUUGACCAAAUACUUAUUUUCCACCAUAAUCUGCAAAUAAAUUCAUAAAAAAUCCUACAAUGUGAUUUUCUGGAUUUUUCUUUCUCAUAUUGUCUGUCAUAGUUGACGUGUACCUAUGAUGAAAAUUACAGGCCUCUCUCAUCUUUUUAAGUGGGAGAACUUGCACAAUUGGUGGCUGACUAAAUACUUUUUUCCCCCACUGUAGAUUACUAUAAACUAUCCUUCUUCAGAAUACAAUACAUUUGAACUUGAAACUUGUUUGGGGGGAAUGUACAAUGCCAUGAUCAUAGUUUCUGCUGAUAAUUGUCCUGUUAAAGCUAAAUAAAUCUGUUUCUAAUAUAUUGUUAUUUUUCACCCUACUAGAACGAUCAAGAUAGAAUGCUACGACUGGGACAGAGAUGGAAGGUAAUUUAAUUUGAGUCUUAAUUGAAAAGCACCUUCAUUAGCAUGAUGUAAUCACUGUGUUAUCUAAAUUAGGCUACUUUAACUCAUGCUAAUCUAUAUUUCUAGAAGGUAAGGAAGCUGGAUUGGAUGCUGAUUCAUUCAACACACAUUGACAUGUUGUUGAAGUGGGGGAAUUGGAUUGGUCCAUAAACAUAGAGGCGGGGCCAAGGGCGGGGCAGCAGUAGAAGAAACACCAACUUGAUAUGAGUGUCAUCAUUUCAUAUUAUGGGUUUAGUGGGCAAGGUUAUUACCUUACAGUAUGCACUCACUCCGUCUGUCUCGUCUCCUCUUUAUACCUGUCAGCAUUAUGUCACGUGUUACCAUUUACAUUUACAUUUUCGAAAUUUAGCAGACGCUCUUAUCCAGAGCGACUUACAAAUUGGUGCAUUCACCUUAUGAUAGCCAGUGGGACAACCACUUUACAAUAUUUUUUUGGGGGGGGGGGUGGGGUAAGGGGGGGUAGAAGGAUUACUUUAUCCUAUCCCAGGUAUUACCAGACCUCUCUUUGCUUGCAGGUAGAGGGGUUACGCUUUGUUUCCGAUUUCAAUUUAUUUUAAGGAAGUGCAUUGAAUGGAUCUUCAACCAAAAUCUAAUAUUAGAUAAAGGGAACCUGAGCGAACAAAUAACACAACAAUUACAUACUUAUUUCAUUUAUUUAAUAAAAAAAGUUAUGCAACACUCCCUGUGUGAAACAGUAAUUGCCCCCUUACACUCAAUAACUGGUUGUGCCACCUUUAGCUGCUAGGACUCCACCAAACGCUUCCUGUAGUUGUUGAUCAGUCAUUGUGGAGGAAGUUUGUCAUCAAAAAGUUAUUCUUUUGAAUCGUCUAUCCAUAGAACAUUCUUCCAAGAGUCUUGAUGAUCAUCCAGGUGCUUCCAGGGGCUUUUUGGCAAACUUGAGUAAACUUUUUGAUCGACAUGGUUCACAUUAUGCCUGGCGAAAACCAAACACUGCAUUUCACAGUAAGAACCUCAUACCAACGGUCAAGCAUGGUGGUUGUAGUGUGAUGGUUUGGGAGGCUUUGCUGCCUCAGGACCUAGACGACUUGCCUUAAUUGAAGGAACCAUGAAUUCUGCUCUGUAUCAGAGAAUUCUACAAGAGAAUGUCAGACCAUCCAUCUGUGAGCUGAAGCUGAAGCGCAGCUUGGUCAUGUAGCAAGACAAUGAUCCAAAACACGUCUACAUGAAAAUGGCUAAAAAGCAACCCAUUUUAAGCCUAGUCAAAGUCCAAACCUAAUCCCAAUUGAGACGUUGUGACAACACUUGAAACGAGCAGUUCAUGCUUGAAAACCCACAAAUGUCGUUGAGUUAAAGCAGUUCUGCAUGCAAGAGUUGGCCAAAAUUCUUCCACAGCGAUGUGAGAGACUGAUCAACAACUACAGGAAGCAUUUGGUUGCAAUCAUUGCAGCUAAAGGUGGCACAACCAGUUAUUGAGUGUAAGGGGGUAAUUACUUUUUCACACAGGUGAAUUGAGUGUUGCACAACUUUGUUAAUUGUAAACUCAGGUUCCCUUUAUCUAAUAUUAGGUUCUCGUUGAAGAUCUGAUAACAUUCAGUAUCAAAAAUAGAGAAAAUCAGAAAGGGGGCAAAUACUUUUUCACGGCACUGUAUGCUACUGUACCCUCAAGUGGCUGCAUGAAAAACACAAGUGAAAUCUCUACUCAAAGAAUUGUUAAAUGUCGAUAUCUAUCUCACUCUUUAUUGCUUUAACAUUUCAUGAAUAAUAACUUAUCUCAACUGAUCUCAUUCCAUCCACUAGACUAUUAUAAUACUUUGCAAUACACUUCUUCAUAGGCACAUCGAUAGCACACUAACAGUUGUGCUUUGUGUGUUGUGUCUUUAGUCAUGACUUCAUAGGAGAGUUCAGUACCAGCUACAGAGAGCUGUCCAGAGGCCAGUCCCAGUUCAAUGUGUAUGAG